AUGCCUGAGAACUUUCUCGCCGCACCACACGUCUGCACAGCCACACAGCCUACACAUAUAAGCCCGACGUUUUUCCCGCCCACGCCUUUCCCAGCCCUUUCCCAGCCUCUGUCACUGUGGAGCUGCCCUUCCGUUCUUCUCCUCCCUCUGCUUGAUUCUCUUCCGUUCGAAUGCCUUUUGGUGUCCAACUUGGAAUCGGUCUCUUGCGUGCGUUCAAGGCUUGAAGUCGGGCUCUGCAAGCAACUUCAAUGGAAUCACAGUUCGGCGUCAAUUUGGCGGCGUUUCCGUCCUUUUCUUUUUACUCCCAUUUUCCGCUUUCCUGACCCCCUCCCUGUACCCUCUCUUUUCCUUUUUCCGUCCCUCUUUUUCCUCCUUUCUAUCUUCCUCUUCCAUCCCUUCUAUCUUCCUCUUUCCCUCCCUUCUAUCUUCCUCUUUCCUUCCCUUCUCGACUAUCCUUCCUCUUUCCCUCCCCUUUACUCCCAUUUUUCGCUUUCCUGA